AUGGCGCCACGUGCUGAUGCACCUGUUCUUCCGCAUAUAGACACAGAAUACCCCGAGCCUCCGUCCCAGUCGGCAUCGUCACGGCCGCGCCUCCCCGCGUCCAUCCUGGACCCUUAUACCCAGCCUGGACAAUCGGCGUACCCUGGCGAAUCGUCUUCGGAAUACCGUGUCUUCCGUGGCUCCCCGCACCAUGACAUCGACCCUAACGAUCCGAAUGCUGACGCGAAAAGACCACGGGCUUGUGAAUCCUGCCGCCAGCUGAAGGUCCGCUGCGAACCAGACCUUGUCAACCCGGAUGAGCCGUGUAAACGGUGCGCAAAGGCUGGAAGGUCGUGUGUUGUCACGGUGCCGAGUCGAAAACGACAGAAGAAGACGGAUAGCCGGGUUUCAGAGCUAGAGCGCAAGAUCGACGUCUUAACGGCGACCUUACAUGCGUCGCAGAAGGUUGAUUCGCUCUUGCCGUCAAACAGCAGUAACCAGUCGUCGUCACUAAGGGACGAACCCGUGGGCCGGCGAUGGUUGGUUCCAGGGCAGAAUAACUCGGACCGCUCUAUACCAUCGAGACCAGGUCCAUCAGGGAAUAAGCGGCAUUAUGGCGGGGAAGUUAAAGAUUCGCGGGAUACGGCCCCUCUCUCAACACCGUCGCAGACUAGCAACCCCAGCCCAGCUGCGGGGAGUAUUGAGGCUGCGGGACGGCAUUGGCCUGCGCCAUGGUCUACUCCGAAACCUGCCACCAGGGAAGUCUCGAACGGCCCUGAUAUCAUUGACAGAGGAUUGGUUAGCCCCGGUGUCGCCUCGGAUUCAUACGCGCGCUAUGUCGAUUCGAUGUGCCAUCAUAUACCUAUGGUGGUGUUCCCACCUGGCACGCCCAUGAGCGAAGUCCGGAAACAUAGGCCAGUCCUGUUUCAUGCCAUUAUUGCCAUUUCGGUUGGGCCGUUUGAGCCGAGUGCACAGAACACGCUUCUCGUGGAGCUGUACAGGACGAUAGGGGAGCGGGUUAUUGUUAAGGGCGAGAAGUCACUUGAUAUUGUGCAGGCGCUCCUUGUAGCGUGUGCAUUUUACACGCCGCCGGAGAAUUUUGAAGAAAUUAAGUUCUAUCAACUGGCGCAGCUGGCUGUGGCCGUGGGGAUGGACGUAGGGAUGUAUCGGAAAGCACCAGGAAAGGGAAAGCCCUUCAACUUCAUUCGUGAUUUUGUGAAGAAUGCCCCGGUUACAGAUCCCGACUCGCCAGAGAUAAGACGGGCUUGGCUUGGGUGUUAUUUUAUAUCUGUCCAGACAUCGAGCGCUCUGAGGAGACCGAUUCUGGUUCGAUGGCUUCCUUAUAUGGACGAGUGCAUUGAGGUUCUGGAGAACUCUCCUGAUGCGCUACCUUCAGAUAAAAAGAUCAUACACUGGACUAAGUUGGCGCGGAUCAUCGAGGAAAUCAGUUCGCGGUUUUUCGCCGAUGAUCUGGGGGGUCCCUCAUUUUCCGAAACCAAGUUCCAAUUCACCCUAAAAGCGUUCGAGAAGCAGCUAGAGCACUGGAAAGAUGAAGCCUCCCAGAACAAUAACUCUGCUAUAAUGACCCAAGCGCAAGCCAUCGUUAACAUUUAUCUUCACGAAAAUGCCAUGAUUUUGGACAACUUGAGUGAGGAGAGCAAGACGGCAGACAUCGACAUCUCGAAUCCCGCAGCAGCAGCCCGCAUAAACGCGUUGAGCUCCACUCUAGCAUCUAUCCAUCUGGCGAUUGAUACAAUUUGCUCUAUUCCCCCGAGAGACUUGAUCAGUGUCCCUACUGUCGCUCUCGCACGGACGGCUUUUGCAAUUGUUGCUUUGAUCAAACUCUACUCUAUCGUGACGGCACCUGACUCGUUUAUCGGGCAAGUGAUUGAGCCUCAAGCUCUGAAGGUGGAAGCAUACCUGGAUAAGGUGAUUGCCCACUAUACCGCUGCAGGGUCUCUCGCUGGGGGUGUUACACCUGGCAAGUUUUCAACCGUCAUGUCCAUGCUGCGGGAGUGGUUCAAAUCACGCAAAGACCAGCAUGGAGACUUGAAACAGGCCCUUCAAGUUCCACCGGGAAAUGCCCCAGCAUCUGAAACUGACAGGAAUAGGGUAAUGCCAUUUAUACCCCAUACUGCAUUUGCCUUCUCUAACGAAUUGUCACAGAACACUACCUCUCAAGGAAAUACUCCUCAAGGGAACACCCCCCUCCACCUCCUCAGCGAAGUCGCCUCCGGAGAGAAAGCCCAAUCCCCAAACCAGCAACAAAAAUACCAGCAAACCUACGCACAAUCCAGGGCUGGCUACCCUCUCUCCCAAUCAUCCCCAGACACAAUGGCGCAAGCGCCCGUUCUCCCGCCAUGCAUAAGCCCGUCCCAACUGCCCUCUCAACUCCAUACAAACACCACAUCCGCUCCCGACUCCUGGGGCCCCUACGACUCACAACGCCAAUUCUACCCAGCACAAACACCCUUCGACCCAACCACAACCGCAAGUCCCGGCCAACAACCCACAGCCUCAGGAUACCCCGACUUCUCCGUCUCCGGGAGCAACACGUUAAUGAUGCCGCCAUCUGCCUCGAUGGGCAUGUUUGCGCCUGAGCUAGGUCUUGGUCUUGACGAGCAGUUCUGGAGUACCAUGGGCCAUAUCACGGGGGAUAUGAUGUUUUUUCCGCCGCAGGGUAGCUGGCCUUUUUAA